AUGUUGGAUACAUAUCAUGCAUUCCAACUAUUCGACGAAAUGCCAAUACAAUUGAUGUCUUCAGCAGAAGAAAUGCAGGCCAUUAUUAAGGGUCUUGAAAAGACACAAAAUCAGUUUAUCAGCAUUGCUGAGUUGGAAGUGGGGUCUGUAACAAAAUUGUAUUCUGUGGUGGGUAGAAAUGUUGAUGCAUUGGCAUUAUAUUUUGGUGAAGAUCCUACUCGUUGCCCUUUUGAACAAGUUAAUUCUUUAAGAAUAUUCAAAACCAUUCUACAAGAAUAG